UUCGUUCAAACGGUCAAUUUGACAAAAUGAGUUCGAGUCUAGACGAGGUGCGUGAAGAGAACGGUCGUUUGAGGCAAACACUAGAAAUCAAAGAGAAUGACCUAUUCGUUGCGGCCACGGCCGGAAAGCAACUGUUAACAAGGAACGCAGAACUCGAGGAACUCAUUGAAACUACCCACUCUGACUACGGUCUAGAAAUCGACAAGCUAAAACAGAGCAACCACGAGCUCAAACACAAACUGGAAUUGAGCAACAAAUUGCUCAGUCAGUGUGGCGACGGCGGCGAGAGUGAGUCACAGAGGAGGCGGUUUGAGAACGAGCAGCGCGCGCUAGUAGAACGUCUAGAGACGUCGUGGAGGAAGAAGACGGAGCAGUUGAGAGAAGAGAGGACACUAGUGGAGGAGAGUCUGGACAAGGAGAGAGUGAAUUGCGAGCAGCUGGAGAGAAGAUUUAAGCAACAGGAGGAGACGGUUAGAGAGUUAGGGAGUGAAGUGGAGCGUUUGUCGGGCUUGCGCCAGUUGGAGGAUGAAGUGGGACUAUUGAAUGGCAAGCUACAAGCUGCCAGGCAGAUUAGACAGAAUCUAGAUGUUGACGUACAGACAUUAACUGAAGAGAAAACUGCAGUUCAACUGGAGAGAGAUAACUUACUGAAACGACUGGAAGCGGCUUUAGCAGACAGAGCUGAAUACGAGGAGAGACUACAGGAGACAAGGAAGGACUUGACAUCUGCAAGAAGCGAUGCCACAGAGUUACAGGGUCAGUUAGAAAUGAUGAAAGCUGAACAGCUGAACAGCUACAGGCAGCACACCGGAAACUCAUUGUUUGGUGAGGUUGAAGAUAAACGUCUAGAGCUGGAGAAGAAACUAAUAAGUCAAGAAGUCAAGUACGGCAGUUUACAGAAAGUCCACACUGUGACAAAGCAGCAGCUACAUAAAUUGAAGGCUCAAAUCGGAGCAUUGCUAAGUGUAGGAAGAAAUCAAGUUGACCUAACUCGAGUCAGACAGCUGGAACUGACUCUUUGCCAAAAGCAGAGCGAAAUCAGAAACCUACAAGCCAAGUUGACAUCUCAACAGAAAGACGAUAGCAAAGGUCAAGUGUUAAGUCAACUGAAGGAUUACCACAAAGCUUUCUCCGACUUCCGUGAUAAGAGAGGCUACGUCGAUCUCUUGGAACGUGAGCUGGAGAGAUCACGGUCACAUACAUCCGACCUUCAGAAAGAGCUCAACGAGAGGGCCAUUCUAGGUCUAGCAAAGGACGAUUCGUUACGACUAACCGAGAGCAAGUUGCACCAAGCCGAGAGCACCAUACAUGAACUACGACAGAAACAAGCAAAAUUCACAUUUCAAAUUCAUGACAUGAAAACGAAGCAACAUAUUGAAAUGAAGCGAUUGAAGGAAGAGGUCGAGUUGUUGAGAGCAGCGCAAGUCCGAAGCGACCAACAGAAAGGCGAUGCGACAAUGUCUCAAACGAAUUUACUCGGAAACGACGUGGACACACUGUUGACAGACGGUGUUCAUCCUUUUAAGGUUCCGUCAUUACACAACGAGGCAACACUUCCUACUUCGUAUUGCAACAAGUCUAUGACCUUGCCUUCGCCUUCUGAUCGUCGUAGCCAACUGGAAGCAACUGAAUUACGUUUGCACGGAGUUGGGCCAGUUGAUAGUGAUAACCAAGUGUUGCGUCGUGGUAGUCCAACUUGCCUUCUUGGAGUAAAGUCGAUGGAUGCCGAGAAUCAGAGUGAUGCCUCAGCGAGGACAAGAUCGAUUGUUGAUUCUCGUUGUGAUCCGACUAGCAAACAGAAUGCAGUGGCUGUAGAGUCGUUGAGAGGUCCGGCUACCGAACGGUUAGCAAGAGAUUUACAUGAUUCUAAGGCUAGGGAUACGUUGAACAGUGGGAGGAAGGUCCGUGUGUCGACUGUCAAACAGAAUCCAAAGAUAAUCGACGCCAGACAUGCGACUGUGGCAUCCGAAUGCAAGCAGCAAUGAUAAACAAAUCUGAUUACGUAGCUGCUGUCUGCACUUGUGAUAAUAGUAGAUAUUUCUUUCAUAUAAUUAUGUACAGUAUUAUACAGGGCUAUAGUAAACUUACAAAA